CACGCGGAACCUCAGUCGUCUGUUGACGGGAAUCAAUUAUUAUUUUCGCUCACAGAUACGAAGAGCAAUUGUUGAAAAAUGCUGGGAAUCAUAGUCUCGGGACGCCAGGUGGAAACAAAUUUCUUACCAAUUGCAGAAAAUAAAUUUGUUGUCACGAUUCCUGAUGCUGACAAUAUUAACCAUAUUGUCAUUUUCAUCACUGAAGUAACAUCAUUUCCAGAAGGAUUAGGUGGUGCUGUUUACUUUAGUUGGCCAGAUCCGAUUGCACCACCAAACUGGCAAUUCUUGGGGCACAUUUCAAAAACAAAGCCAUCAGCUAUAUUUAAAAUUUCAAAUUUAAAGAAGAACCAUGAGUUUGUGAACAAUGAUUUAGGAGGUUUUGGCAUUGGAAAUAUUUCACAUAAUGCCCAAAUAGGCAUCUCAAUAGAACCUCUUACUGUUAUAUUACAGCAAGAACAAAUACUUAUGAGCGAACCGAAAAUGGCCCUUAUGGAUGAACCAAACGUGAAUGUGUUUAUGGAAUUUGCUCAAAAAACGAUACUCAAUUUUCUAAAUUAUAUAUCAAGUUUCUCUGUGACACAGGCACAAAUGACUCCAAAUCCCACAGAAAACUUUGUUCCUUUGUCUAGUAUACAAAGCUGGUAUGAGACUUUUCAGAGAAGACUGCAACAAAAUCCAAAUUUUUGGAAAGCAUGAUCAAAAUGUGAGAAUCUCUGGAAUCUUGUACAUUUAUGCUCUUUACUUUGUUUGAACUUGACUUUAUGUUUAAGUCAGAUAAAGUGUAAUAUUGAAUUCUUUGUUUAGUUAGCUAAUUAAAUUUAAGUGUAUUCAAAACUUUUUGUAUGCUCAAAAUAUUGUAUGACAUAAAAAAAGUCUCAAGUCGACAGGUAUGUUUAGAAAGACAAAGUUAUGUAUCGGUAAUUCAAGUCAUGGCCCAUUAACUAAGCUGAUAAUUACCAUACAUAUAAAAAUUUUACACUUUUGUACUGAAAAUAUAAUUUGCGUUAGUAAUACUUAACUACAUCGCCAUUAA